AUGAAAGAUUCCAUUCACUGUGUUGGCAUAGAUUUUGGAAAUCAGAAUGCAAUUGUUGCAGCCAACACCAAUGAAAAUAUCAAAGUCUGCCUAAAUCCUUCAUCUACAAGGUUAUCACCAACUUUGGUAUCGUAUGGCGACGAAAGGCGCUUUUUUGGAGAUCUAGCUCAACAGAACCAACUCGAAAACAUCAAUUCUACGAUUACAUGUCUCAAAAAAUUGAUUGGAUUAAAAUAUCAAUCAGCAGAACGAGAAAGAAUAGCCUCUCAUGUUCAGUUUUCUAUGGUUGAAUUAAAAAACGGAUAUACUGGCAUUUUAAUUGAAAAUGUUACUAAUCAAUACAUUUUUACACCAGAACAGUGCAUUGCAUCAUUAUUAAAGUACUUAAUUAACAUUUCUAAAGAGAAUGAUCCAGAAGUAAACAAGUUAUAUUUAUCAGUUGAUACAUUUUGUUCAAAUAUUCAAAGAAUUGGACUUUUGAAUGCAGCAAAAAUAGCUGGUAUAGAUUGCGAACUAGUUACAUCAACAGUUGCAGCAGGAGCAACAUAUAUUUACUCUCAUAAAGAUAAAUUACCAGAAGAUCCCCAGCAAUCUCAGGCCAUUUGUGUAGUUGACAUUGGCGAUUCUUCAUUAAAGGCUAGUGUCCUCAAAUUGUCCCAAAAUUCCAUUGAAGUAAUUGUCAACAUGCAAAAUGAUGAUAUCAGCGGCAACAAAAUCACUGAACUUCUAAUUGAGAAUCUCCUCAAAUUUAUAUCACAGAAAUACUCCAUCAAUCCUAGCGACAAACCCUCGUCCAUGCUUCAAUUUCUUAAAUCUGUUGAAAAAGCCAAGAAAACCCUCUCAGUCAACACAUCUGUUCCAUUUGAAUACCAGUAUGGUGACAAAUACAUCAAUUUUGUCCUUCAAAGAACAGAUUUUGAAGCUCUAAUCGAAGAAUCCGCAGAAAUUUGUGCAUCAAGUGUAAUAGAACUGAUCAAAAUCAGUGAUGUCCAGCCAAUCUUCAUAGAACUCAUCGGAGGAACGUCCAGAAUUCCGUUAUUCCGCAAAAAGAUAAGUGAAAUCGGAAUUCCGAUUGUAUCUGACAUCAAUGUCGAUGAGUGUGUGGCAAUUGGAUGCGCUAUGAAGCCUUCUUUGCAGAUUGCAGACAAGUUGUCUUAUCCAAUCGAAAUUUCUGAGGGAAAUAUAACGGUUUUCGAUGCUCUUGAGUUCAUUCCGACAAAACCAAAGACUUGCAACAUUCAAAAUGCAAAAUUCUCGUGUGAUGUAAAAGUCGAGUCAAAUGACAGCGAUUACCAGGUUUUUGUUGACUCAAAUGGAGUUUUCAGAGCUGUUGGUGACGUAAAAGUUACAAUUCCAAACGAUUUUUCGCAAAAUCAAAUCGAAAAAUUCAAAUUUAUUGAGAAAAACCUGGAAAAACGCGACAAAGAUGUUAUUGAAAGCUAUGAAUUCAAGAACAUGCUUGAGUCAAAGAUAUUUGAAGCGGAAAGAUACCUCAGAGACAUGAAAAAGGAAUUAUUAAAGGAAGAAGCAUUCCAAAAACUAGAUCAGAGGGCUAAAGAGAACAGAGAAUGGUUUGACAGUAAUGAAAACAUCAGACAUUCGAAGGAAGAGUACAAAUACAGAAUUGAAAAAUUAUCUUCAUCAAUUUCAAAGGCAAAACGUAGUAUAGACCUCAAAGAUGAAGUUAAACAGCAUCUUGAAAAACUUAAUUCGUUUAUUUCCAAGUUGAAACAAGAAAUUAGCCAAGAUCAGCCGAGAAAAGACAACGGACUGAAGAAAAGGCUGCUGGAAAUGCUUGAUGAGAACAAUAACAUACUCACAACUGCCCAGUUUCAGUUUCAGUUCCCAGAUCUGCUGAAUGUUGUUGACAAAGUCUGCGAAUUUCUGAAGGACAACAUUAUCCAGAUCUGCAAGAAGAAAGAGGAACUGCUCAAGAUGCCUUUGUUGGUGAGCAAGAGGAGAAACCCAAGAGAAAACUUUUGGGAUGAAGCUUUAGGUUUGUAUUAA